AAGCUGACGACGUGGCCGCAGUACGUCCCAACCCCGUGUUCCAGCAGACCGGGGUGAUUCAAACGCGGCAGACCGGCUUUGUUCGCAGCGAGUUCGGAGGCGAGACCUCGAAAUCCACGGCUGAAGUCUGUCCCCAUCACCGUUUUACAAUGUCUGGGAAAAUCAAGAGCCGGAGUGGCGCUAACGCAGACGCUAUAUCUGGCGGUGUGUCCUGCGAUGAGCGCAUUUUGCGGGAUUGUCACCAACUGUACACGGAUCCUGCCAGUGGUUUAAUCGCAGUAGCUGAAUCUGUCGGUGUGAAGUUACUCCCACCCAGGAAGAAGAUCACUGUCAUGCUGAUGGGCAACCACUCUGCUGGGAAAAGCUCCUUUAUCAACUGGUAUGUGGAAGAGCACAUCCAGCGCACUGGAGUAGCUAUAGAGACCCAGGGCUUCAGCUUUGUUACAAGUGGGCGUAAGAGGGAAUCUCUUACAGGAAACGCCACCCUUCAUCUAUAUCCACACUUCAAACCUCUCCAAGAGUUUAAAGGGGUUUCAGAGUACUUGAGCACUGAGAUCUGCACAUCCCGACAGAAGCGUUUCAGCCUGGUGACGUUUGUGGAUUCACCAGGAUUAGUGGAUGGUGACAUGAAGUAUCCCUUUGACGUGGAUGAAGUUCUCUUUUGGCUGGGUGAUGUCUGUGAUCUGAUUCUGGUCUUCUUUGACCCCAUGGGUCAGGCUCUGUGCAAGCGCACCCUCAACAUUGUGGAAAGUCUAAAUGAGCGACACGGGGAUCGGUUGCGUUUUUACCUGAGCAAAGCUGAUGAGGCUGGUGGAGAGUCGGACAGACAGAGAGUGAUGAUGCAGAUUGUUCAGGAGCUCUGCAAGCGACCAGGACUCAACAAAUGUGGCUUUGACAUGCCCACUAUCUACAUUCCUAAUCCGAAUAAGCCAAGUCGCUGUGUCAACCAGAUCGAGGACGUGUGUCGCACUAUUGAGAAAACUAUCAACCAGACGGUCCAGAACACACUUAACUCUCUGGAGAAAGACUGUGAUAUCAUCAGUGAAGCCGUCACCAAUAAACUCUGCAUUGACAGGCAGACAAGUUCAGAGAACCGACGGGCGCGCUGCAAAAGCUGCUUCCUGACUCUGCUGGGCUUCAGCAUCCCGAUGGCUCUGCUGGCCUUACUGGUGCUCGGCACUCUGUCCAAGGAGCUGCUGGAGAUGGCUCUGGGUCGUGAAGGCACAGAUGCGUUGUCGCUCUACCUGACUCCCGUAGUGAAAGUAUUCGACUCCCUCUCUGGGGAGCAGCAGCUUUAUUGCUGUGGUGGACUGGUCCUUCUCUCCUUCCUUCUGCUCAUCAUCGCACGAUUCUCCUUCAGAACUCGAUCAACUCUGUCAAGCAAACAGAAACGGCAGCUUCAGGAGAAGCUGGAGUAUGUUCAGGAGGUGGUCAAGACCAAAAAGAAAAAGCUGUAUGAAGAAUACCUUCGCCAGAGCGUCAGCGACCACGACAUGGACUUGUAAAGGCAGACGACCAUCCUCACACUGACCAAAUGAAGUUAUAGUGUUGCCAAGGUUUCACAGACUCUAGUGUUACUCUGACCUCUGCUGCAUCCUUUUUACGUGUGUAGACAUACAUUACAUUUAAAGCACAUGAUUCUUUUACACAAAGUUCUUGUGCUUUAAUACUGUAAUUCCCGUUUAUGUAGUAGAUAAUGUUACUGGUACCAUACUACCUGCUGAGAUGUAAGGAUCUGUUUCUCAGCAGAUCAACUUUACUGGUUAUGUAUUUGUGAACAUUUCGAUGCAUGUAUUCUGUGCCUCUGCGCCAAGGAUUUCAGACUUAUACCACUUAAAGAUAUUAAAUAAUAACUAUUUAUUUAUCAGAGAAACUGUAUUUUGGUUAAACAGCACAUAGCACUGGUUUGUGUAAGCCACUUUGUAUGAGUUACUCUUUGAAGACUUUCACCAGCAUUUUAUACAGAACUUGCGCACAGGCUUCUUGUUAUCAUGAAGGUACUGAUCAAACAGAUUUAAUUGAUACAUAUGCAGUUACACGAAGCUCAAACAUUUUAUCAGUGAACGUUUUUUGCAAUGCACCUAUACAUUAUGACCAUGUUUUAACUGAACUAAAUAAAAACUACAUUUAAUAUA